AAUAUUAAUUAAUUGUUACUAUGCUGUGCGAAAUAUGUAUUGCAAAUUCAAUAUUAUAAAUCUUUGUUUUUGUAAUAGAUAACAUAAAAGAUAUUAUAAAAUUGUUAUAUUAUCAACAAGAAAAUUGUAUAUAAUAUUAUGAAUGAUGAUUGAUUUAUUUGGAAUCAUUACAUAAUAGAACAAAUAUUAAUUAAUUCUUUAAAAUCUAAGUAUUAUAAAUCCAUUAUUUAAAACCUAGAUGUGAAAUCAACAAAAUAAAUAUAAAUUUGAAGUAUUCAUACUAGGGAUAGCAAGUAUACAACAUAAACACUAAAGUACUCCAGGUAAAGUUUACUAUGUGUGAAACAAACAAACUAUUGAAUUCUUGAGCAUUUUAAGAAAAAAAAUGUAUACAUAUACUUCUAACCUACUAACAUUUUUAAACUGUAAAAUAUAAAUAAUAAUAAUAAUAAUAGAUUUACAUUAAACAUACAAAUUUCAUUACAUUUUAUUGUGGAAACUGCAUCCUUACAGUAUCCACAUAAGAUGUGAAUUUGUAAGCUUAUAUUAAACUAACAAAAAUAAUUUCAGUAGGCGGGUACGCUUAUUAUUAAUAUGCUUCAAUCGGUGUUCAUUCAAAAUAAAACAACGUAGGUGCUGGAUUAACAUAUUUCAUUUACUCGAUUUCCUCUAUUCAAAUCUUAAGGAAAUUCAAAUGUUUCAAUUUCUUCUCCAAGCUUACCAUCAUUUCCUCCAGGUUUUGGGUACUGUAAUUAAUAUAUCUAUUGUAUGUGUUUUAACUAUAAUUUUUGCUAUGUAUUUAUAGCUGAAUUGAUCGACUACCAGAGACGUUUAAUACUUACCGAAUACUACAAAUUCACUGGGUUACAUACAAAAGAAUGGUUAUCUCAAGAUACAGAAGAAAUACCCGGCUUAUUUCCUCAUCACCUAGAUCCUGGUACCAUUACUAUACGAACAACGCCUAGCAGUGGUUCUGGUGGUAAGCGAAUACGAAAUUCAUCAAACCGAUCACCUGAAGAAGCGCGAUGGGUGUGUCCAACUUGUGGAAAACGUUACAAAUAUAGUCGUGGCUUAGCUAUGCAUAGGCGAUUAGAAUGUGGUAAGGAACCUAUGUUCCAUUGUCCUUUUUGUCCACAAAAAUGUCAUCAAAAAGGAAAUAUGGUCAUACAUAUUAAGAAAAAACACCCUACCCAAUACGAGGAACAAUCGCAAGCUGUUGUACAGGCACAUGUCAAAGCACAACAUGUCCAAAGCGAUUAAGACAAUUUUUCCCUCAGUAUUUUUGUUUUAAUUUAAUUUUAAAUGUCUUUUUAGGCACAUGCUACUACUUAUUUGAAUUUUUAUAAAAUAUAUAUUUAUUAAAUUUUCAAGGUCAUAUCCUAUCACAAUACCUCCUUACUCUCUCAUUGUAGUUUUUUAUUAAAAAUAUGCAAAAUUAUUGAGUGUUCUUAAUAAUCGUUAAUGCUCAUAUGAUAAAUCUUGACUGAUAAUAUUAACAAUAAUUUUACCCAUAUUUGUAUUGGUUGGUUUUUUUUUUUGUUAAUAUGUAUAAUAUAAAAAAUAUUAUAAUAUAUACAUACUUAAAUUACAUGCAUUAACCAGUUUGAUCUACCUCUUUUGAUAUGACCAAGAAAUGCCCACUUCUUUCGUCCCCCACUAGACUUAAACCGUUACCUAUUUCAUAAUUGAAUUGCAAUUAUAUUUAAUACCCAUUUGCAAUA